AUGAAGCAGCUUCGAACGUCACAUCUAGAAUAUACAAUGGCUCCAACAUUGACUUUACCUCACAUGCCACCCGCCAUCUCACCCCCGCCAUCAUUUGAGUUCUGCAGUGACGUCAAAUCAACCCACUUCCUAAACUUUAACCAUUCUUACGAAGAUACGAGUUCGGUUUCUUCUUUCGAUGACUGCUUCGUGUCUCAGUUGUCCACCCCACAAACUGCUAAUCGACUUCCAAAUACAACCAUACCGGUGACACCCGCAGCAACUGCAUCCAGGUUGUUGUCCACUAAAAGCAAUAAAAGCAACAACCAUAAUAACAACAACAACAACAACAACAACAAAGAAGACGAUCAGCCAGAAAAAGAGAGCCUGGUACAUUUGUCAAGAGAAGAACGACGAAGACGUCGGAGAGCUACACAAAAAUACAGAACAGCUCACGCAACAAGGGAGAGAAUCCGUGUAGAAGCUUUCAAUGUGGCGUUUUCUGAUUUGAGAAAGCUGCUUCCUACCUUGCCGCCAGACAAGAAGUUGUCGAAAAUCGAGAUUCUCCGUCUUGCCAUCUGCUACAUCUCUUACCUCAACCACGUCUUAGAUCUCAGUUGA